CGCCCAUGCCCGCGCCAGUAGUGCGCCCGAGCGCCCCCAGUCGCCCCGCCCGAGAGCUUUGCGCGCGCGCAGUCUCGGCCGACCCGAUCGCGCUGCGCCCUCGCAGGGCCAGCCACCGCGCCUGCGGCCUCUCUUUCUGUGGGCGCAUCAGAGCGACGGCACAGUGCAGGAGGUACGCUGUGAGGACUACGACUCUCGCAACCGUAUCCGCAUAACGCGCACAGCGCACGGCUGGCGCGUCAUCCCCUGCACCGAGAUCUACGAUUCUUUCCGCAUCCCGCCGCCUCCGCCGCGUGAAAAAAAGGAACGGCGCCGGCGCCGCCGUUCGGCCCGAUCUGACCGCCGACGAAGCGACCGCGCGACUGAUCACCCGGCCGACCGCUCGGCUGACCAUCCGGCGGAUCGUCCAGCUGACCGACCAGCCCGAUCACCGUGGCUGGCGCCCGACCUGGAGUCGCAUAUUCCCUCCCACACGAUCGCAGUGCCGCGCUCAGCGCAACCAUCUCCGCCACCGUCGCCGCCGCCGUCGCCACCACCGUCGCCACCGCCGUCGCCGCACCCACCGGUGCCCUCGGAGCCGACGCCGCUCGACAACCUGCUGGCUGUCGCCGAGCUGGAAUUUAACCAGCAGCGCGGCUCGGACCUGCUCGAGCUGGAGACCGGCGGCGCACAGUACGGCUUCCUGCCGGAGGAUCAAGUAGCUCGAGACGUCAUGUCUUUCGAGCUCGGUGAACCGAAACAGAAUGAAGAUAUGUUCUUCGAUCGAAAAUCGCACGUGCAGGUUGAUCGAACGGACGAAAACGGUUUCCAGAGUGAUAUGACCCAUAAAGAUCUUUUCGAGACCAUCAGCGAAGCUCAUUACUUGCCAGAACUAGGUGGACCGCAUGAUGAGGCGCUGCUCGAAUCACUAGUUGAAAAAGGCUGUGAAGAUAACCAAAUUCUAGGCCAAGCAUUGGACAAACUUGCCCAUUUAGUGCACGGUUCUGGAGAUUACGCCGAAGAGGAAGACGACAUGCUGCUCGGUAAUGCGCCUGUCUCGGAUAUCAUAGAUCGAUUGGAACAAUCUCUCGAGUCACCGGGAAGAAGUAGCAUAACUGCUGCACAAAGCUUGCUCCACUUACACAACAUAACUGAUCACUUCCAACCUCCAGAUUCCCAGCAAAACGUUGAUCAUACAUACAUGUCGGACGAAGUAUUUGAGUCGCAGGCGUCCACAGAGCGUACUAUGACAACUCUCAGUACUCACACAGAAGCUACUGAAAAUAGUCACAUAAAAUAUGAGGAGAGCGUUGAAAAAACACUAGAAGACAAUACUGAGGAUGCCGAUGCUCGCAAAUAUCUGUACACCAAGCAAAUACCUGAUCCACACGAAACCUAUGACAAAUCGAUGGAUGAUCAACAUUUGCAAACACUACCGGAUCAAAGUGAAAUGACUGCACUUAGUGACGCGCCCAAUUAUGGUGAUAGUGCUAUGUGCAUAAAAAGUGAAAAUAUUUCUGACGAUGAUACUCAAGCCAAAAAUAUAGAAGAAACAGUUCCAAUUGCGACUCUUGACUUUAAAGAACUUGAAGACAAUUCAAGUAAUGGUGCAGAAUUAGUAGCAACAGAUUUGAGCAUAAAACACGUAGAGAAAAAUACAACGCCUAUGGUAGUCGCUAGCGUUGCUGAGACUACUAACACUAUCGAAGACAAUAUUUCUGAUAAGAGCGAUGAACAACCUAAAGAUUUAACUGUACAUAGAAGAAUGCUUACUCCGCAUGCGUCGCCGAGGAGGAUAGAUAUACCGCGAGCGCCCUCGAGGGAGUCGGACGCGAUGCAAUCACCGCAACCAAGUGGUAUACCAGCUGUGCCAUCGUCACCGGAAAUAUUUACUAUGCCACCUACAAAAAUUAAAAAUACUUUAUUCUUAGAAACAUUACUUUCCUCAUCGUCGCCUAAAAUGUAUACUUCUGAGGUGACAAUAACAAAACAGCAAUGUGAACCGUUAAAUUUAGGUAAACACAGAAAAUCAGCUAGCCCUACAGUCUCAAGCUGCUCUGACGAAAUGAAAAAAAUUAACAAAGAGUUCGGCGAACCCCCAGAAAAGAAAACAAAGUCAGUGGAAUCUACCACAGAAGAGGAAGAUACAGUUAAGAUCGCAGUAUCAGAAAAUAAAGACAACAGAUCCGAGCGGCAAAGGGGAGAUGACGCUAGUCCGUUGAAACAAUUUCAAGUUUUGAAGAUGUGUCCUAAUUUCAACAUUCCAGAUCCUUUAUUAGUACCAAAAGAUAAAUUAGAUAUGAUAAUCGAUGCUCCAGCCAGGGAAAUACCGGCGUUAUUGAUUCAAAGACCCGAAUUGAGGUUACCACAGGCAUUCUCGUUCCCAGCGUUAUUGCAAGAUCCUAGUAUUAGAGUUGUGUCACUAUCACAGUUAGAAAAUAUGAUCGCAAAUAAAACACACGAACAUUCAACUUCUCAACAUCCAAAAGAAGUAUUAGAAAAAGAACCAAAGGAAACAAAUAAAUCGGUGUCUACUACAACGAAAACGCCUACAAGUACCACUAAUACGUCUAGUACAGAAAACGCGAAAGGGAGAGAAACGCCGACCAGUGCCAAUAAAUAUAAGAACCAACCAAAACCCAUACCGUCAAUGGAUGCACUGGCAGGUGACAUCGACGCCGCAACGUCCGCUGCACUUAAUCAAAUGCUGUGGUUACCGUAUCUCAGCCAACUCGAGGCUAUGGCAGCGUGUUCACAAAAUAUGGAUUUCCUGAAAGCUUUAAGUUCCUCAGGGUACUCUGGGCCCAAUUACCCGGAACUAUCGCAAAUGUUUAAUCACCCGGGUCGGUUCAUGAGCCCUGCUGGAUUCCCUAUGAUGCCACCAAUGGAUUAUGAUAAUCGUAUGCAAUUUGCCAUGUGGCAGGAGGCGAUGAAACAUGCGAAUGCAUCGGGUUCACAUAAACCAAAUGCUAGUAAUACCCUAGAGGCACCGAUGAAAGAAGUAUCGUCAAAAUCUAGUGAUGUUCAAAAUCCGUUUGUACAUUCCACUAAGAACACCCAGAACAAACAACAUUCGGCCGCGCGUACGAGUCCGAUAGCGCAUAAUUAUAACAGCAGCCAGCGAUCAAUGUCCCACAAUCCGUUUUUGCAAGGCAUGUACCCUGGCAUGAACUCCAAUAUACGGCCUAAUAUGCCGCUGCCCGGUUUGCAAAUACCCUAUUUUAAUCCUAAUAUGAUGGGAAGCCAAAGAUCUCCAAGAACAGGACAGCAGAAGAGUCCUACAUCACCGUAUUAUCCGAACAAUAACUAUUUACAAUCGGUAAAACAUUCUGAGGGCCAUCAUCAGCGGAGUAGUAGUACGGGCUCUGUGGAGUCGCCGCGUCCGCGUAUUGCUGUGAGGUCUAUGAGUUCGCUGCAGAAUAUGAUGGAGCCGCCGUCGUCGGGGCGUCCUGCUAGGGGUUCUAGUGGGUCAAGCUCGUCGAGCGGGACGCCGUCGUCGCGGCGGCGCGACGAACCGGAGGUGGGCAGCACUACGCCGCUCGGCGAGCCGCCGCCACCGCAUCUGCCGCACAAUCCGCACGACCCUUCAUCCUUUCCAUUAUGGCAUCCGCUGUUUGGCAAUCAAAAAGGGUACCCUGCUCCCUGGCCGUGGGCGAGUGUAACCGCGACAGGAGACUGACCAAGAGCUCCGCGCGGGCCGCCCGCGCACAACCACUGAGGCGACAGGACCGUGAAUGUGAUGGGGACCUUAGGGAAGGUAGACCAGUAGGUUAACAUGAGUGAACCAGUUUUUGACAUUUCUCCAUCGUAACAUCGAAUUGCGUUACGUAGAAAAACGUCAAAUACACAAUUGCAAUAAGCAGAAGUCAAGAAUUUGUAAAGUGAAGUGAUCACGAUAAUCGGAAAGUUACAGAAUGAACUAUAUAGGUUACGCAAUCAAUAUCAAGCCCAUUACACACGAGAGCUAUACUAUAUUGUAGCAAGUAAAACGCAUCUCAGUACCUACAGGUUGCCCAUCGCUCAGGGGAGCUUCACAAAAAAACAUUUACUGGCAUAUCAUGCUCUGUGGUAACUUCGUAACAAUUUAAGCAUCUUCAGCUGUGUGACAUGGCGCGAUUAUCGCCAAAGAGACAUUGGUUCAACUCAGGAGUUGAAUUCGAGAUUUUGUGUCGUGCCACUGUCACCCUCUCCUCUUGCGCCCCCUAAGGUCCGGUAAAGGAAUCGAAACGUUCCGUCCGAAGUUAUACCCGCGUCGCCUCAAACCAGUCCCAGCAGUGGACUAUAUUGUCACCGUUAACACAAAUGGACGAACUUACAAUUUCGACAGAAAAUUUACUUACACUGAAAAAAUGGACUUUAGGGAAUCACCACAUUUAUUACGGUUUGAGCCGGUCACAAAAACCUUUAUGUGCACACAAUAAGAGCGAAAAAGACUGGCUUUUACGUCGUCUUGACAUAAAAGUUUUUCUAAUCGGCUCAAGCCAAUUAUUUGGCGAUAAAUGUGGUCACUCCCUUAGCCUAUCACGAUAGAAUCGGUUAGAAAGCCUUGAAGGCACAGAUGGAUACAACAACAUCUUGUUUAUUUCAAUCAGUUUUUUUAGCGUACAUUCUUACUUUGAUUCAAAAUCCAUUUUUAUUUUCAUGUUCUCAUGUCAUAAAAUGCUUUUC